AUGGCUUUGGUUCCGUCAUUGCUGGGACGCAGUCCUGGAGAUGCGAACAUUGAUCGGAAUGUGCAAACUUGGGACUAUGUGUGCCAGUCAUUAUGCAUUAUUGGAAUGACUGUUUUCUUCGGGCUUCGGGUGUAUACUCGUGUGUUCGUUCUGAACGGGUUCAAUAAAGAGGAUUGGAUGGUUGCGGGGGCUUGGUUCCUUGGAACUGGCUACUCCGUUAUUGCCUUGAUCAUGGGACACUACGGAGGAGGCCUUCAUCUCGACGAUGUCCCUCCUGAACACAAGAUCCCUUUUGAAAAGACCGUGUACGUGACAAUGGUCAUGUACGGUCCAACAGCCUACCUCACGAAGGUCUGCCUCCUGUGGAUCAUGACCCGUGUAUUCAAUCCUUUCCGAAAGGCCGUUAUUUUCAUCUAUGUCUUUAUGGGCAUCAUGCUUGCCUACUACAUCCCAGCGGUCAUCGUGAAGAUCCGAAUCUGCAACCCCAUCGGCAGUUUCUGGAACAAAGACAUCCAAGGCACAUGUCUCGAUGAGACAUCUAUCAUCCUGGCCGAUGCCGUCGUGAGUAUGGUCAGCGACUUGAUCAUUCUCAUCCUCCCACUUCCCUUAACAAUGAGCUUGCAAAUGCCCAAGAAAAAGAAGUUGCGUGUCAUCGGUCUCCUGGGAGCGGGUGGUCUGGCCGUGACUGCCAGUGUCAUCCGUUUGGCGCUCAUCGUCACCACUGGACAAUCCAAGGAUGCCACUUAUGCUUUUAUGAGAAUCAACAUGCUUGGCAAUGCCGAAAUUGCCAUGGGUGUUAUCUGCACCUGUCUCCCCGCCCUUUCAGCCCUCCUUAUCCGCGUCUUCCACGAAUACUCCAGCAACAAAGCAACUCAAUCCGAGUACAAGCUCAGCACAGUGCAGAAUCAGUCUAAGACUCAGCGGAGCAAGAAACAAAUGAGUGUACUGGAGGCAGAAUCUGAUGAGGAUGGCCUCAUGUACAACGCCCAGGGCAACCCACGGGUCGAAACAACUGUUCACGGCGAUACCGAGCGGCAAGGAAACCCGAGAAGCUCGCCAUUCAACGGUGGUAUUGGUAUUACAAGAACUGUCGACGUUUCAACCUCCGUGGAGACUCAAUAA